UCCUGCGGUAGCGCCGCCCGCUCUGCCCGCCCGCCCGCCCGCCCGCGCCGCCAGCAGCGCCUCCGCGAGCGCCCCGGGCUGACAGCCCCGCCGGCCGCCCGCGCUGCCCGCCGGCUGUCAAUGGAGCUGGAAAACAUCGUGGCCAACACGGUCUUGCUGAAAGCCAGGGAAGGGGGCGGAGGGAAGCGCAAAGGCAAAAGCAAGAAGUGGAAGGAAAUCCUGAAGUUCCCACACAUUAGCCAGUGUGAAGACCUCCGAAGGACCAUCGACAGAGAUUACUGCAGUUUAUGUGACAAACAGCCUAUUGGGAGGCUGCUUUUCCGGCAGUUCUGCGAAACCAGACGUGGGCUGGAGCGUUAUAUUCAGUUCCUGGACUCAGUGGCAGAAUAUGAAGUUACUCCAGAUGAAAAGCUGGGAGAGAAAGGGAAGGAAAUUAUGACCAAGUACCUCACCCCAAAGUCCCCAGUGUUCAUCACCCAAGUCGGCCAGGACCUCGUCUCCCAGACGGAAGAGAAGCUCCUGCAGACGCCCUGCAAAGAACUCUUUGCUGCCUGUGCACAGUCUGUCCACGACUACCUGAGGGGGGAGCCCUUCCACGAAUACCUGGACAGCAUGUACUUCGACCGCUUUCUCCAGUGGAAGUGGCUGGAGAGGCAACCAGUAACCAAAAACACUUUCAGGCAGUACCGAGUACUAGGAAAAGGGGGAUUUGGGGAGGUGUGUGCCUGCCAGGUUCGGGCCACCGGGAAAAUGUACGCCUGCAAGCGCCUGGAGAAGAAGAGGAUCAAGAAGAGGAAAGGCGAGUCCAUGGCGCUCAAUGAGAAGCAGAUCCUAGAGAAGGUCAGCAGUCGGUUUGUGGUCAACCUGGCCUAUGCCUACGAGACCAAGGACGCGCUGUGCUUGGUGCUGACCAUCAUGAACGGGGGCGACCUGAAGUUCCACAUCUACAACAUGGGCAACCCCGGCUUCGAGGAGGAGCGAGCCCGGUUCUACGCGGCCGAGAUCCUGUGCGGCCUGGAAGACCUCCACCGCGAGCACACGGUCUACAGAGACUUGAAACCCGAAAACAUCCUGUUGGAUGACUACGGCCACAUUAGGAUCUCGGACCUGGGCCUGGCCGUGAAGAUCCCUGAGGGAGAUCUGAUCCGCGGCCGGGUGGGCACCGUCGGCUACAUGGCUCCGGAGGUCCUGAACAACCAGAGGUACGGCCUGAGCCCUGACUACUGGGGUCUGGGCUGCCUCAUCUACGAGAUGAUCGAGGGCCAGUCGCCGUUCCGCGGCCGCAAAGAGAAGGUGAAGCGGGAGGAGGUGGAUCGCCGGGUCCUGGAGACGGAGGAGGCGUACUCCCCCAAGUUCUCCGAGGAGGCCAAGUCCAUCUGCAAAAUGCUGCUCACCAAAGACGCGAAGCAGAGGCUGGGCUGCCAGGAGGAGGGGGCCGCGGAGGUCAAGAGACACCCCUUCUUCAGGAAUAUGAACUUCAAGCGCUUGGAAGCCGGGAUGAUGGACCCGCCCUUCGUUCCAGAUCCCCGGGCCGUGUACUGCAAGGACGUGCUGGACAUAGAGCAGUUCUCCACCGUCAAGGGCGUCAACCUGGACCACACCGACGACGACUUCUACUCCAAGUUCUCCACGGGCUCCGUGCCCAUCCCCUGGCAAAGCGAGAUGAUAGAGACAGAAUGCUUCAAGGAGCUGAACAUGUUUGGACCCAACGGUACCCUCUCGCCGGACCUGAACAGAAGUCACCCGCCGGAACCGCCGAAGAAAGGGCUGCUGCAGAGACUCUUCAAGCGUCAGCAUCAGAACAACUCCAAAAGUUCGCCCAAUUCCAAGACCAAUUUUAACCACCACAUCAAUUCAAACCAUGUCAAUUCAAACUCCACCGGAAGCAGCUAGUUUCAGCUCUGGCCUGGACGUCCACGGCAGGAGCAGCCCAGGCCCGUCCCCGGGCGGCGGAAGGUGACCAGGGGCUCGGCAGGAGGACGAGUCCCCCGGGGGGGCCGGGAAGGAGGCGCCCCCCCCCCCACCCACAUCGGGCCUCGGGUUUCUCAAAGAGAUUUCCACUCAGGUCAGUUUUCAGAGGCGGCCGUCAAGCCAGGUGGACCGGAUUUGUCUCUGCGGAACCUUGCAAUAGAAAUCCAGUCGGAUACGACAACUUGCACGUAUUUUCAUAGCGUCCUAACUAGAACUGAAUUUUGUCUUUAUUAUUUUUAAAGAAAAGUUUUGUAAAUUUC